CGUGCGUGCAGCCUGUCGGCUUCCGUAGAACACGUUUGCCGGAAGUAUUGCGCUUCAUUUGUCGCCGCUGUCGGUUUCGAAGCGGAGAAAAUGAAAGCAACUGCAUGAAGAAGCUUCUGGACCCACGACACUGACCCCAUGUUGAUCUGUGAACUCUGCGGUGAGGAGAUGAUGACAGAGGAGGAAAUGAAGAGCCAUCUCCUCCUCGGCCACCUGGACGACAGCCUGCGCUGCCCCUUCUGCUGCCUGGCCGCCGUUUCCUACCAUCAGCUCUGCCUCCAUAUCCAGUCGGCUCAUCCUGAAGACCACGCGAACCCGGAGCUGGCUCAGGGCCUGGCUUCAUCUGGUUCCUCUGCCACAACAAACACAGGUGUGGGUGAGAGUGGGAAGUCCUGCGUUGCAGGGGACAACGGUGAUGCUGCUGAAGCCACAGCCACUUCUCUCAGCAUGCAGUCAUGGAGACAGAACAGCACAGCAGGCACUGAGAGUUCCUGGUCAGGAGAGACCGCAACCAUCCCAGACCCGACCCUGAUAUCACAGAACCCUGAAACCACACAAGACCCUGUCCCCUGCUGGAAGGAGCACUGUGAUGGACUCCAGGCUGAACCCAGCACAGCCAGAGUGCUGCAGCAGAAAAAAAGAGAGAGGAUCUUGUCCUGCCCCAUGUGUUCUCUGGUGUGCAGCAGCGCCUUCAUCCUGCAGGAGCAUGUGGAGCUUCAUCUGCAGGAGCAGAGCUCAGCCCCAGGGUCGACUCUGGAGGCGUGUUCACCUGUGCUGACAUCAUCAUCCACCCACCACUCAGGACGGAUCAGGUUUGAGUGUCCCAUGUGUUCGGUGGUCUGCAGUGACAGCUUCUCUCUGCAGGAACAUGUGGAGCUGCAUUUUGACCAGACUGCCAGCAGUGCAGCUGGAGGUCUAGGAUGGGAUCUGAGGCUGGCCAGACAGCUCCAGCAGGAGGAGGAGGCCCAGCAGGAGAGAGAGCAGUUCAAGAAGCUGCAGAAGCAUUUUGGGUUGGAUGGCAGUGGAGGCUACCGCCGGCAGAUGGAGAGGAACAUGGAGAGAGCUGUGGCCAGUGGUCUUCUGGAACCAGCCCAGUUUCACUCUAAGAGGGCUGAGAUGAUGGAGUCUCUGGCCUCUGGAGUUGAUGAUGGCAGAACCAGAACCCAAGGUGUGAUGGGAGCUCUGUAUGACUACUACCAGACAGAGAACAGGGACUGCAUCCAAGUGUGGCUGAGCGCUGAGACGGAUCACUUCUCCUCGUCUCCGGGGGAUGCAGGGUGGGGCUGUGGAUUCAGAAACUUCCAGAUGUUGCUGUCAUCUCUUCACAGAACAGAGACGUAUUCAUCUGUCCUGACAGAGAAAAAGGUACCUUCUAUCCCAGAGCUGCAGAGGUGGGUCGAGGAGGGCUGGAAGGAAGGACUGGACCCUCGGGGUGCAGCCCACUUUAACCAGCGGCUGCAGGGAACUCGAGCCUGGAUUGGAGCCACAGAGAUCUACGUCCUCCUCACCUCACUCGGGAUCAGUGCAUGCAUCAUUGACUUCCACCAGCCAACUGGUGCUGGCGACACCCACCCACAGUUGUUUGAUUGGGUCAAACAAUACUUCAGCCAGUCCAGCAGGAGCAGCAGACUGCCCCCCCGAGUUAUUCAGACCGGCCUGCCCCCUGUUUACCUCCAGCACCAAGGUCACAGCCGCUGCAUUGUGGGUGUAGAGCAGAAGAAGAACGGAAGUCUGUGCCUCCUGCUGCUGGAUCCUGGAAGCUCGGCAUCAGACAGCAGGAAGCUGCUGCGCAGGGAUUCGGUUUCCACCUCUAUCCGCCGAGUCCGGAAGUUCCUCAGAAACCUGAAGCAUAAACAGUACCAGCUGGUGGCCGUGCAGGGCGUGCUGACAGCGGAGGACAAACAGGUGAGAAUCCAGAACUCCAGGACGCUGUGUGCUGAAAGGAUACCAUGAACAGAACUCAGACUCUUUUCAUUCUAUCAUCUUCAGUUUUUACAUGUUUGAAAUAAAGGGUGUUUUUGGA